AUGAGUCAAGCACAAAAAACGGAUUAUACGCGCUGGCGCAUGCUAGACGAGGACGGAAAGCACACGUGGCAUUACCUCGAUGACGACGAGGCCGUUGCCAAAUGGCCUCAGACACUAGCCGAUAAGUAUUACUUAGGGCUUCCGCUGGGUCUUCCAGAACUUCCUCCUGCCACUUCCCCAUUAGAAAGUGUCUCCAACUGCUUGACCUUUUUCUCUAAACAGCAAUUACCGCCGGGAAAUUGGGGCUGCGAAUAUGGCGGACCGAUGUUUCUGUUACCCGGGGUUGUGAUCGCAUGGAUCGUGACCGAUACACACAUUCCUCCAGUAUAUGCAGCGGAGAUUAUAAACUACCUGAUCUCUCACUCGAACCCUGUCGAUGGAGGAUGGGGUUUGAACAUCAAGGGCGACAGUACCGUGUUCGGCACGUCCCUGAACUACACGGUGUUGCGACUUCUCGGUGUGGAGGCCGAGCACCCGGUUAUGAUUCAAGCGCGGCGUCUGCUACAUCGUCUAGGGGGCGCCUUAAAUGCACCGCACUGGUCGAAAUUCUGGUUAGCUGUCCUAGGCGUGUGUGAUUGGGAGAUUGUCAAUCCCAUUCCCCCAGAGGCCUGGCUGCUGCCAGACUGGUUGCCAUUGGCCCCAUGGAGAUGGUGGGUGCAUAUCCGACAAGUCUUCCUGCCAAUGUCGUGGAUCUGGUCGAAGCGAUGGACGGCCCCGGAGACGGACGUUAUCAGAGCCCUACGACGGGAGUUGUUUGUUCAGUCAUGGGAAAGCAUUGACUGGGCAGCACACCGUAAUGACAUUGCUAUAACCGAUAACUAUCACCCCAAAACGUGGCUGCUCAACUCAAUCAAUCUAUUCCUCGCGGAUAUCUGGACUCCAUACCUACGACCGAACAUACUGGCGAGACGUGCUGAGGACUGGGUCAGCAAGUUGGUAGAUAUGGAGGAUGCUAACUCGGACUACGCCGAUCUGGCAUCUGUCAACGCACCUAUGAAUCUCCUUGUUUGUUAUAUUCGUGAUGGACCUGAUUCUUAUUCUGUGCGUCGUCACCGAGAACGCAUGGAAGAGUUCCUAUGGGUGAAUAAAGAGGGGAUGUUCGUCAAUGGUACAAAUGGUGUACAGUGCUGGGAUACAGCGUUUCUGAUCCAAGCUGUGUCUGCAGCUGGGUUAGCAGAAGAUGUAAAAUGGAAGCCUAUGCUGACUCGGGCACUCGAGUUUCUAGACCGACAACAGAUUCGCGAGAAUUGCAAAGACCAAGGGGUUUACUAUCGUCAUUUCCGAAAGGGAGCCUGGACAUUCAGCAAUCGUGACCAGGGAUAUGGGGUCAGCGAUUGUAUAUCAGAGGCACUAAAGGCGGUCAUUCUACUGCAAAAAGAGGCCGAUGGAUAUCCCCAGCUACUCGAAGACCAACGGAUCUUUGAUGCUGUGGACACUUUGCUCACUUACCAGAAUAGCUCAGGCGGCUGCGCUUCCUAUGAGCCGACCAGGGGAAGCGAAUAUCUGGAGAUGUUGAACACAGCAGAGGUCUUUGGACGCAUUAUGAUUGAGUACGACUAUCCAGAGUGCACAAGUGCAGUGUUGACUGCUUUGACAUUGUUUUUAAAGUACUGGCCUGAUUACCGGCGGACUGAGAUUCAAGCAUUCAUCCAGCGAGGUGUGAACUAUAUCAAGAAGGCACAACGCCCUGAUGGGAGCUGGUACGGAAGCUGGGGUGUGUGUUUCACAUACGGGACUAUGUUCGGUUUGGAGGGCUUGGGAUCGGUCGGCGAAAAUUACGCAAACAGUAUUUCUGUUCGCAAAGGGUGCGAGUUCUUACUUUCCAAGCAACGGGAGGAUGGUGGAUGGUCAGAAAGUUUCCAGAGCUGCGAACAGAUGAAGUAUAUUGAGCAUCCUACGGGGUCUCAAGUUGUUCAAACCGCAUUCGCCAUUAUUGCACUUAUGAGCGUCGACUAUCCCAAUUCUGAGCCAAUUGCCCAAGGAAUCCGCUUAAUCAUGUCGAGGCAACAGGCGAAUGGGGAAUGGCUGCAGGAAGGUAUUGAAGGUAUCUUCAACAAGAGCUGCGCUAUCUCAUACCCGAACUAUAAGUUCAUUUUUACGACUCUUGCUUUGGGCAAGUUUGCAAAGAAAUACCCCAACUUCAAAUAG